AUAACAUUUAGAAAGUUUAUUGGUUAAACUAAAAUGUUGCUACAUUUUUAAAUUAUGACACUAAAUGUAUUUUAAUAACAAAGAAAACAGUACCAUUUCCGUAACUUUGAAAAACAAAAAUUAUUUUUACUGCCUUACAAGGUUACUUUGAAGUCGAGACUGAGAGAUGUCAAAUGUGGCCUGUUAUAAUAACCCAACUGUAAAAACAACGUGCGCUUUCUUGGCCCACAUGACUAUAAAAUUAAUAGAUAACGCUGUAUUACAUGCUUCAUUUUUCUUUUAUUUAUGAGACCAAGAAAUUGCUAUCCUGUGCCUAUCCCACAUUUAUCGCUUUUAAUAUAUUAUUUGCGAUAAUGUUCAUAACAAUUAAGUAAUUCAAAGAGGUCAUUUAUUUUGUAAUAUUUACAUUAUUCUGUAAUUACGUUAACAAGGCAGAUAACUUAUGACCUCUUGUUAUCUUCUGCUAAUAGGUAUGAAGAUGUGUAUCAAAGUGGUCACUGCUUAAUAGUUAUUUGGCUUCAAACGUUGAUAGUUUAAAGUGACGAAAAUGAGAUUACUGCAACCGGUGACCUUGCUGGACCCGUCACAGCUGCUGCGGCCCGAGUCGGCAUUCGAUGGCAAACCGCUGAGCGCGUUCCGUGAUUACAGCGUUGACGACGAGGAUCCUGUGAGGAUGCGCGUGCGCAGGACUUACUACAAUAUGCAUACCAACAUGACCGUCGACUUUGUUAAAGGCAAGAUGAAUAAAUGGUUGAAGUUCAACCACUUCAAAGCGACGGUCAAGGAGGCCCUGGUGCGACUGAACGAGCUGGUGGACGAGUCGGAUCCCGACACGGACCUGCCCAACAUAGUGCACGCCUUCCAGACGGCCGAGCGGAUCCGGGAGGACCAUCCCGACGAUGACUGGUUCCAUCUCACCGGAUUAAUCCACGACCUUGGAAAAGUGAUGGCAUUCUACGAGGAGCCGCAGUGGUGCGUGGUGGGCGACACAUUUCCUGUUGGAUGCAAGUGGGGUCCUAGCAUCGUGUACGGUGACCACAGCUUUAGAGACAACCCGGACACAUACAACACUAAAUACAAGUGAGUACUAGAGUGUGUCAGGAGACUGGUUCCAUAGUUUAAUGGUCUUGAUCUGUACAUGUAGCAUGGCGAACUGGGGAAACGCUUUGUUUAUACCAAAAGUCAGUCAGACAGUUCUCUAUUCAAGGGUGAGAUAUCGUAUGGGUGCACUCGAGAAAAGUGAAAUUUCCGAGUAGCAGAUAAAACGUUCUUGAGUACGUCGUGCUACUCGUGCUAGCGCCCUAACGU